AUGGAGCGUUUACAGACAAAAUCGGUGUUUUUAUCUUGUCAGAUCAAUGUCUUAAUCGAUGAAUUAAAAAAUAACCAGGGGAUCGAUUUAAUUCAUUCCGAAACAGAGUUCAAAAACCAGAAGAGCUUAUGCGAUAGUAAUGCGUCCGUCGUCCAAGGCACUGACAAGGAACUGGCAAUGUGUUCACUCUGUAAGGCAUUUAUCAGCAAGAAACUCAUGUACAAACAUGUCAGAAAUUGUAAAGUUGCAGAGGAGACUACCUCUCCUCCUACUAGGGUAGUAUUGAAGGUACUUCAAGAACAAAAUUAUCCACAGGAUUAUAUUCAAUUUUUGGAAACAUUUCAUAGAGAUAAGCCUGGAGAUAUUAUAAGAAAUGAUGAAUUCCUCAAAGAAUAUGGACAUGUUGAGUUCCAAAACUGGAAGGGCUCAGCUAUCAAAGCAACAGAAAAGCUGAAUACCUUAAGAUCCAAAUUAAGAAGAUUAGCCAGGCUUUUCAUUAAUUUCAAAAGUAUGGCUUCAGAACGCGGAAUAGAAAUAAAGAGUUGUGAUGAAAUGUUUAAAAUUGAUACUGCUACAUUGUUUUCUGCUGCUGUGCAGAAAAUGACAAAUUUUGACUCUGAAGAAGAAGACUUCAAAUGUGGAUUGAAUGUGGGAUUAAAAUCGUUGAUAAUUGAAGUAUGUGACACAUUGUAUGCUACAUAUUUGAUAAAGAGAAAAGAACUUUUGGCGAAAGAAGUGAAAGAGUUUCAGGAAGUUUUGAAAAUGUAUUGGAGAUAUUUUUUCAUCACAGCUAGAGAGAUUCUGAUGAAAAAGAUGCACAGCCAGUCCAGAGCUCCUACACGCCUUCCUACUAUUGAAGAAUACCAGCAAUUGCGAGACUUUACAAAGGAAGAAAUUGCAAAAAUGGUAGAUGAUAUUUAUACACCAGUAAAUCAGGGGAUAUUCUGUAAACUAAGGAAUUUGAUAUCCUGUAGACGUACAUUAUUUAAUGCAAGGAGAGGAGGAGAAGCGACAAGGUUAACAAUAUCAGAGUUAGAAGAUGCGUUUAGUCAUAAAUGGGCAGACAAAACAUUUUUCAAGAAAAUUGAUGAAGACAUAGAAAAAUUAAUGUGCAAAAUAGUCUGUGCUUAUCUUCAUUCAUCCAAAAAAUUAGAACUUGUAUCAGUAAUAAUACCAGAUGACUGCUGGAAAGGACUGGAAAUGCUUAAGGAUGUUGAAAACAGAAAGCUGGCAGGUGUCCAUCCCAAAAACAAAUUUAUUUUUGCCAAUACCGAAAACUCGUUAGGUCAUGUCAAUGGUUGGCAAAGUGUUCAUAACAUCUGUAAAAACGCUGAAAUGAAAAAAAAUAUUACUGCCACUGAUAUGAGACAUUACGUGGCUACAUAUUAUGAAUCCCUAGAUGUAUCACCUGAAGAACGGGACUUUUUUUAUAAGGAAACACUUGGGCCAUUCAAAAUUUAUAAAUGGAAAUAUUUAUCAGUGCCCACCAGCUGUAAGAUUAAUGGAAACUGCUGGGAAAAUCCUGUUAACAUUGGAUUCUCAUGA